AUGAUUGAGAGUCACAAAUGUACUGCUUGCAGCAGUAAAGGACUACUGCAAGUAGGUAGUGACCUUAGAAAUAUCAUUCAAGACCAUCAUCAACAAUUUAUUAUCAAGGCUGUCAAUGAAAACAACACCAUUACCCUAGAGGAAUUAAAGAUUCUACUUUUGGAAGAGUUUGACAACAUUCAGAGCAUCAGUGCAUCCACUCUGUACAACUUUCUAAAUAAUCAAUUAGUUGAGAAGCUGGAUAAUGCAAAUGCUGGCCCUUAUCACUUGGUCAUAAAUAAUGUCAGGAUUCACUAUAAUCUCUCUGUCUGUAACUGGCUGCAAGAAAUAAAUAAGUACAUACUCAAGUUUCUACCUCCAUACUCUCCUUUCUUGAAUCCUAUUGAGGAAUGCUUUUCAAAGCUAAAGAACCUUGUCAAAAAGCAUUCUUUGGUUAGCAAAGAAACCUUAUGUGAGAGAAUACAGUCUAGUAGCUAUCAAAUAAUUAAGCAGAAUUAUGAAAGCUAG